CGUGACAUCACAGGUCUCCUCCUUUCUGCGGUUUUCACCUGGGCUGGGGUCUGUGGAAAGGGGCUGCCUGAAGCAUCAGCUCCUUCCCAUUCCCGUCCCCCGUUCCCGGGACUGCUUGAUCGAUCCCCCGUGGAAGUCCCCUGUGUGUGGGAGUUUCCCACUCCAGAGCACACUGAACAAACGUCGCAGCCCCGGAUCUUCAACUCACAAGUCCCUACUCUGCCGUGAUGGCUACUAGCAGCCUUGCCCACAGCCCGCUGUACCGGGUCCUGGUCCGGGUGUCUGAGAGCUACCCUAGAAUGGAGAGGAAGUUACAAAAGUAUUUCCAGAACCCAUGGAGGUCCGGGGGAGGCAAGUGCAAGGUCAAAAUUGGUCCCCGCGAAGGCACUUUCUGGGUAGAAUUUUAUAAAAGACAAGCCAAGGAAGGUGUGAUAGCAAAGAAAGAUCAUUCUGUGGCAGUCACUGAUACAGCUCAUGUGGAUGUCUUCAUAGAAGCAAAUGAAGACCCAGGAGAGAACACUACUUUGGAGGUAAACCAGCUUUCCUCUCAGACUCAGUCACUCCCAAAGGGAUCUCCAGGUGAGAAGAACCCAGAUGCAGGAGGUACUGCUAGGUCCUCUAAUUCCAUCAUUCAAAAGAUAUUUCUCUAUGUGGAGGCCCAGCUGAACUUCAAGCUUUCUGAAGAGCAAAGGGAGAAAAUUAUUAACCUCUGCCCAAAUCUCAGAAUAGAGGGAGGCCAUGAUGGACCUGAGAAAGUGAUUGGUGACUACGAAGAUAUUGAAAAAACUUAUCAGUUCUUAAGUGACAGCAUCCUGAAAAAUAACAAGAAAGUGGCCAUUUCCAACUCAGCCACAGCAAAAAAAAUUGAGCAAGUUAUGCCAAAAGACUGUAAUAGUCCUACUCUUCCCUCAAACCCAAAAGACAGAACAGAAGAAGAGUCAGACCUUAUCUCAGUUCCAUCACAUUUGUUUGAAUAUUUCAAAUAUUUCUUUCCUGAAACUCUGGACAGAAUAGAAAGUGAGUAUCAGGUACGAAUCAAAAGUACCGUGUCAUAUCCUAUGGGCAAUGUGUGCUUAGACUUCGAGACAAGUAAGUCAAGGGACAGAAAAGCAGCUCAAGAAACUUUUAUCAGAGCAUUUCAGAGGGAAAUACAGAAUGUGACCCGUCAGGAUAUUCAUUUCACAGAUAAUAAGCUGGCCCAUGACGUCCAAAAAACACUGACUGAAAUGUUUAAAGGCCUCCGUAUUAAAGCUGAAGGAAAAGUCUUAAUCCUCUGGGGAAACCCACAGGAAAUCAUAGGAGCUCAGCAUUUCAUUGAAGCAAACUUCUCCCGCAAACAACCUCUGGAAGCGAUGGCCUCCCAAAACAUGAUGAAGAAUGGAAUUGAGGUUGAUACUGCUCCCUUGCGUCUUCUGUGCCAAGAAUUCAGAGAAAUAGAGACAAAAUAUGACACUGUAAUGGAAUUGGUGAACAAUCCCCAAACUCGGAAAACCCUCAUUUUCUUUAAACCAAAAGACAAAGGCUUAGACCUCUCUGCACAUGCUUAUGAAGAUUUCAUUGAUAUCUUUCAGAUGCUCUUACCUCAGAUUGUCAAAGAGGUAGUGAUGCUGAAACCAUUAAACCAAGAGAGAAAGUAUUGGCCUGAAAGGGCAUUCUUUGAAGACUUUGAAAGAAAGCACCCCUAUAUAAACUUGGAGUGGAAUGAACAAGAACUGAUACUGACUGGUUUGGCCAGGUACCUUGUAGAAGCGGUGAAAUAUGUUAAGAGAUAUUUUGGUAUUGAAGCUCCUGCUCCUCAGCCAAGACAAGGGCCACCUCCCUCUCUUGCGAAUUGGAAUAGAGACUCCAGGUCCCCCUUGGACAGAAUUGGUGCUGAUUUCAACAUGGCUUUACCUCCCCUCAAGGGAUUGCCUAACUGGUGGGACUUAGGAAAAGAGGAGAAAGAGGAAGAGGAGGAGGAAUGUGUCAUCUGUAUGGAAAGCAUUCAAAACAAAGAAGUCCUCCCAAAGUGCAAGCAUGAGUUCUGUGGCCCUUGUAUCAGAGAAGCCAUGAAACAUAAGCCAGUGUGCCCUGUGUGCCAGACUUCCUAUGGUAUUGUGAAAGGGAAUCAGCCAGAUGGAACAAUGACAACCUCUUACAGAACAUCUUCACUUCCGGGUUAUAAUUCCUGUGGCACUAUUGUGAUUCAUUAUGACAUGCGGGGAGGCAUCCAGACAGAUGAUCAUCCCAACCCAGGAAAACGCUAUGAAGGAACAAGACGGGUGGCAUACUUGCCAAAUAAUGAAGAAGGACGGCAGGUUUUGCUUCUCCUCCGAAGAGCUUUUGACCAAAGGCUGAUUUUCACAGUAGGACAGUCUCGAACAUCAGGAGUCAAGGAUGUGAUCACUUGGAAUGAUAUUCACCACAAAACUCUCCAAUUCGGCGGGCCAGAAAACUUUGGUUACCCUGAUCCCAGCUAUCUGCAGCGAGUCAAGCUGGAGCUGAAGGCAAAAGGAAUUGAGUAAGAGUGCUGAAAGCUUCAAGGAUUCCUUGACAGCUGGGCUGGCAAAAGCUGUAUGUGUGGAAAGGAAUCAAAAUGAUCAUUAAAAUAUAUGUGUGUAGGCACCAUUUAGAGAAAAAUAAAAGAAUUUGAGAAGAAAUUAGUUUUCUUAGGGCUGAGUGGGAUGAAAUGUUAUGUGCUAACCUGUCUUACUUUCGUGACUUUUUUUCUUCUUAGACAAACUGAGAGACUCAUAGUAAUGAAAAGUUGUUCUAGUGAGAACCCAAAGUGUAUCUCUCAGUGCUUACCUGCCUGUCUCCAUUUUGCUGUCACCAGAGAUGCUGGAGUUAAAGAACUUUUCAUUGUACCACCUGCACGAGGUGAUGAUUGACCCUCAAGUCCAUUCACAUUCUUUGUGGAAAGCUGUUGUUGGCUUCAGAACUUACCAGAGCUAGCUUACUUCUAACUGGAAUGGCCACCAGGAACAUUAAAAAGUUUGGAAGACAUCUUGAAGAAGAUUAUGGUCUUCAAGUAUUUACAUGAGUCCUUCACUUCAGAAAGAAACUCUCCAUCCUGGGGUUUUGGCAAAUUUAAUGUAAAUUAAGGAGUGGGGAAAGAUAUUUCUGUCUUCAGUCAAUUCCAGUGAUUUCCAAUCACUAUCAGGAAGAAAUAGAAAAAGCCUCUGUUUGGCAUUCAAAGCCCUUCAUAAACUUGCCACUCCCUUUACUUCCACAACAUGUACUUUGUGAUUCAGUGAUACUAGCCUCCUUGGCGUUCCUUGUGCAAGAAACUCCAUCUCUCCAGAUUUGCAUUUUCACUGGAUGUCCACCAUGCCUGGAAUCCUUUUCCUCCACAUUUCUGCUGACCAGCUUCCCUGACUUCUUUCAAGUCCUACCUAAAAUUCCACCUUCUACGUGAAGCCUUUCCCAAACCCCCUUAAUGCUAGUGCUUUUCCUGUGUGGAUUAUCUCCAAUUUGUCCUGUAUGUAGCUUGUUUGUACAUAGUUGUUCGCAUAUUGUCUUCCCCAUUAGACUAUGAGCUACUUGAGAGCAGAGAUUGUCUUUUGCCUUCUUUUGUGUCCCCAGCACUUAGCACAGUGCCUAGCAUACAGUAGGCACUUAAUAGAUUGUUGACUGACUGGCUAUGGGCAGGCUCAUUGACCUGGGAAUCAGAGUUUCCAGAUGAACAGGCAAAUGGCAUUGGCUUGUGUGCUGCCCUGGUUCUCUACAUUCUUAGCUCACCUUUUGGGGUGUACUUUGUGGUAAUUGCUCUGUCUAGUCUUAGUGAGACCACAUUCAUAUCCAAAUAUUUUCUGACUUUUAACUUUCACAAAAUUGCCUUCUCAAGAUGCUAUUGAUCUAGGUGCCCCCUCAAAAGCAUAGUUCUAGGGCAACAGAUGAGAGGCCCAUUCGUCUCUGAAUGAGUCCGCCUUUGGUAUUUGUUAUGAAAACUAAGCAGAAAUAUUCAUUUGGAGCUGAAAUAUUGAAUCCUGUCGCAUUGCUUGGAGAAAGAAAGAGAACCUGUGAUACAGAGAGGUUCUUUUCCCAGUUACAAACAGCUUGUUGGUGAUAAUACAACAUCCCAUUGCCCCAGUACAGAAGGCUAAGUGUUGUAGCUCAAAUGAUAUCUAGUUGGUUCUUUAAAUAAUCAACUCAUCUGCACCUGGCCCUAUGCUUAUGUUAAGGGAGACAUGAUUUAAUGGCUGUGUCAGAUGCUUCUAAUAAAGUGAAAACUGUGUAAUUAUCAGAAAAAAGUUAUUGUCUGUCAAGAAUUUAUUAACUAUUCCUGUGUUUUGACAUUUGUUUAUAGUAUCUCUGUGCCCUAAAUUGACAUGGUCAAUUUUUGUAAAAGUUCCAUUUGCUAUUGUGAAAUGUGUAUUCUUUUGUAGCCCCAUUUAGAAGAUGCUAGAAGUCUUUCUGAUCUAGUUUCUCUGGCAAUUUGUUCAGUUCCUUAUUGUCUUUAUGUUUAUAUCUCUAUUAAAAUCAUUACAAACUGA